AUGCUCCUCCAUAAAAUAUAUCUAAUAUAUCACAUAAUACUAGUCAUAAUGAAAUGUAUCAAAUUAUUUCAUUUUAUUUAUACUAUAAUUUUAACAAAAAUUACCAAUACUAUAAAGAUAAUUUGAUUUACUUAGUCUUCUUGAUUAAGAACUUUAAUUUUAAUCUUUAGAUCAUUCACAUAGAUAACAUAGUUAUAGUGUUGCAAUCUAAACUGAUAGUAAAAAAAAGUUUCUAUCUAAAUUAAAUAUCAAUAAAAAAAUACCUACUUAAUAUAGUAGUAGUGUGAAUCAUGGAAAUAAUUAAUUUAAAUAUCAUUCCUUCUCUAAUUCACCCAAUACUAGAGGAACUGAAUUAUCCAAUAAAUCACAUAGACAUUAAAACUAAAAAAACCUAAUAGAUCAGUUUAAUGUAGAAGUAGAAAAAUAAAUAAAUCCUAAUAUAUGGGCUAUCAAAAUGAAUAAAUAUAAAAUUAAGUCCUUAUAAAUAUAACAAAAUAUGGAAUCAUGA